AAUAAAAUUUAGCACCAGAGACAAAAAUGUUAUUUUUUUGAGUAUUCAUCUAUAAUAGAAAUCAAAUUCGAAUUUUUGCAAGAAUGGCUUAUAAUUACGUUGUUACGGCACACAAGCCGACGGCUGUUACAGCAUGCGUGACCGGUAAUUUCACGUCUCCAUCUGAUUUGAAUCUGAUUGUAGCAAAAAAUACUAGACUAGAAAUAUAUUUAGUAACACCUGAAGGUUUGAGACCCAUCAAAGAAAUUGGGCUUUAUGGAAAAGUUGCUGUUAUGAAACUGUUUCGCCCUCAACAUGAAAAAAAGGAUUUACUUUUCAUUGUGACAAUGAGGUACAAUGCAAUGAUUUUGGAAUGCAUCAGUGAUGGUGAUAACAUUGAUAUCAUUACAAAAGCCCAUGGAAAUGUUGCUGAUCGUAUUGGAAAACCCUCAGAAACUGGAAUACUUGCAGUGAUUGAUCCAAAAGCGAGAGUUAUUGGUUUGAGGCUUUAUGAUGGUUUAUUCAAGAUUAUACAAUUAGAUAAAGACAAUUAUGAACUGAAAGCUUCUAAUUUUAGAAUGGAUGAGCAGCAAGUUCAUGAUGUUGAAUUUUUACAUGGCUGUGCUAAUCCUACUUUGAUUUUAAUACAUCAAGAUGUCAAUGGGCGACAUGUAAAAACACAUGAAAUAUCCAUGAGAGAAAAGGAGUUUGUUAAAAUACCAUGGAGACAAGACAAUGUUGAAACUGAAGCUUCAAUUAUCAUACCUGUACCAUCGCCUUUGGGAGGUGCUAUUAUUAUUGGUCAGGAAAGUAUAUUAUAUCAUGAUGGUAUCACUUCUGUAGUUGUAGCACCUCCCGUUAUCAAACAGAGUACAAUUAUAUGUUAUGCAAAAGUAGAUCCUGGAGGUCUCAGAUAUUUAUUGGGCGAUAUGGCUGGCCAUUUGUUCAUGCUCUUCAUCGAAACUGAAACCAGAACGGAUGGCAACGAAGUGGUGAAAGACCUGAAAGUCGAGUUGCUGGGAGAAAUAGCAACUCCGGAAUGCAUAACUUACUUAGACAAUGGCGUCUUGUUCAUCGGAUCGAGAAUCGGCGAUUCUCAGCUGAUCAAACUAAACACAAAGGCCGACGAAAGUUGCUCUUACGUGUCUGUUAUGGAAACUUUCACGAAUCUCGCUCCCAUUCUGGACAUGUGCGUGGUAGAUCUCGAGAGACAGGGGCAAGGACAACUUGUUACUUGCUCGGGGGCAUUCAAAGAGGGAUCGUUGAGGAUCAUCAGAAAUGGUAUCGGGAUACAAGAACACGCCUCAAUUGAUUUGCCCGGAAUCAAAGGAAUGUGGGCGUUACAGUUGGCUGGUAGCAAACUCGACAACACGUUGGUCCUGUCUUUCGUUGGACAAACGAGAGUUUUGAGCCUGAAUGGGGAAGAGGUCGAAGAAACAGACAUAGAAGGCUUCUCUUCUGACCAGCAAACGUUCUAUUGCGGUAACGUUGUCGAUGAACAAAUCAUCCAAGUCACGCCGAGUUCUGUGAGACUGGUGUCUGCUCAGAAUAAAACUAUGUCUGCAGAAUGGAAGGCUCCCACUGAGAAAAAUAUCAGUGUCGUUGCUUGUAAUAGUUGCCAAGUUAUUGUUUCUACAGGAUCAGCUCUCUAUUAUUUGGAAAUACAUCCUAACGAACUGAUUUUGAAAGGGAACACAACUCUAGAUGUCGAAGUUGCUUGUCUAGACAUUACCCCCUUAGGUGAAGACGCUACAAGGUCUAAUCUGGUGGCUGUAGGGCUGUGGACAGAUAUAUCUGCUCGAAUACUUAGGUUGCCUGACCUGUCAGAAGCAACCAAAGAACUUUUGGGUGGUGAAAUAAUUCCUCGGUCAGUGCUAAUGGCUAAUUUCGAAGGCCAUAAUUACCUAUUGUGUGCUCUCGGUGAUGGAUCAAUGUUUUAUUUCUCCCUCCACAAAGAUUCUGGAGCAUUGACUGACAAAAAGAAGGUCACUCUGGGCACCCAGCCGACAGUGUUGAAAACGUUCAGAUCGCUCAGCACGACUAAUGUAUUUGCAUGCUCAGAUCGACCGACGGUCAUUUAUUCUUCUAAUCAUAAGCUGGUUUUUUCUAAUGUGAACAUGAAGGAAGUCAAUCAUAUGUGUUCUCUCAAUGCGGAAGCGUAUCCUGACAGUUUGGCUCUUGCUACAGACACAUCAGUUACCAUUGGAACAAUUGAUGAAAUUCAAAAACUCCAUAUUAGAACAGUUCCUCUGCAGGAAUCAGCUAGAAGGAUUACCUAUCAGGAACAGACACAGACAUUCGGAGUGGUAACGGCCCGCAUCGACAUCCAAGACUCGACAGGCUUGAACCCGGCACGGCAGAGCGCGUCGACCAUGGCGCAGUCGGUCACGAUCUCCAGCAGCGUUGGCUCGCUGGCUGUGAGCAAAUCGGGCGGCAGCGGCCUACUGGGCGGCGCCAAUGCGCCCGACUACGGGCAGGAAACGGAGGUGCACAACCUGCUGGUCAUCGAUCAGAACACGUUCGAGGUGCUGCACGCGCACCAGCUGAUGCAGCAGGAGUAUGCGAUGUCGUUGAUCAGCUGUCAGCUGGGGAACGAUCCCAAUCCGUAUUUUAUCGUCGGCACCGCCAAUGUUAAUCCUGAAGAAUCGGAACCAAAACAGGGCAGGCUCCUGGUAUUCCAUUGGAGCGAAAACAAGUUGGCCCAAGUAUCAGAGAAGGAAAUCAAAGGCGCCUGUUACUCCCUCUCCGAAUUCAACGGCAAACUCCUGGCCAGCAUCAAUAGCACCGUCCGACUGUUCGAGUGGACCGCCGAGAAGGAACUGCGGCUCGAGUGCUCGCACUUCAACAAUAUCAUAUCCCUCUUCCUGAAAACGAAGGGCGAUUUCAUAUUAAUCGGGGAUCUGAUGCGCAGCAUGACGCUCUUGCAGUACAAGACGAUGGAGGGCAGCUUCGAGGAGAUCGCGCGCGACUACAACCCCAACUGGAUGACGGCCGUCGAGAUCCUCGACGACGACGUCUUUCUCGGCGCCGAGAACAGCUACAACGUGUUCGUGUGCCAGAAAGAUGGCGCCGCCACCACGGACGAAGAGCGGUCGCAGAUGCACGAGGUGGGUCAGUUCCACGUCGGCGACAUGGUGAACGUAUUCCGGCACGGGUCGCUGGUCAUGCAGAACGUGGGGGAGACGUCGACGCCGACGAGGGGGUGUGUGCUGUUCGGAACGGUGGGAGGAGCGAUAGGUUUAGUGACUCAAAUAACUCAAGAUUUCUAUGAAUUCUUGUUAGAGCUGCAAACCAAAUUAGCAACAGUAAUAAAAUCUGUUGGAAAAAUAGAGCAUUCUUAUUGGAGAGCAUUCCACACAGACAUCAAAACUGAAAACAGUGAAGCUUUCAUAGAUGGAGACUUGAUCGAAAGUUUUUUAGAUUUGUCACAAGAGAAAAUGAAGGAAGUAGCUGAUGGAGUUGGGAUGACAGUGGAGAAUCUAGUGAAAAUGAUUGAAGAUUUGACUAGAAUACAUUAAGUGAUCUUUCAAGAUCUUUUUAAAAGUAGAUUUUCAAAAUACUAAUUAAGAUAAGUAUUCGAGUUUUCUAUAGAUAGAGAUAUGAUCUGUAGAACUAUUUGAAAUAAAACAUUUUUUCACAAUAAAAAAUACAAUGAAAGUAUAAGUG